UUAUGCCAUUUGGCCUUACAAAUGCCCCGGCCACUUUCCAAGCGGCUAUGACAACGGACUUCCGACACAUGCUGGAUCGAUACGUACUUAUCUACCUCGACGACAUCCUGGUGUACAGCCGGAGUUUGGAGGAGCAUGUGGAACACCUGCGCACCGUUUUGGAGCGGCUACGACAAGCCAAGUACAAAGCCAACCGCGACAAGUGCAAAUUCGUGCAGCAGGAGCUGGAGUACUUGGGACAUUAUGUGACGCCGCAAGGCAUCCGUCCGCUUGCGGACAAGAUCGAGGCCCUAAGAUCAUUCCAAGCACUCAAGACGGCCAUGCUCAUGGCACCCGUCCUUAGCAUCUAUGACCCCGUCCUGCCUACGAGAGUGACUACGGACGCUUCCGGCUAUGGCAUUGGGGCAGUCUUGGAACAACACGACGGCGACAAUUGGCAUCCUGUGGAGUAUUUCAGCCACAAAGUGCCUCCCAUCAACUCGCUUGAUGAUGCAAGGAAGAAGGAGCUGCUCGCGUUCGUGAUGGCUCUCAAGCGAUGGCGACACUUCCUCCUUGGGCGUCGUAGGUUCACAUGGGUUACGGACAACAAUCCAUUGACCUACUACAAGACGCAGCAUACGGUGAGCAGCACGAUCGGACAGUGGAUGUACUUCAUCGGCCAAUUUGACUUCACACCGAAACAUCUUCCCGACCUCUCAAAUCGCGCAGCAGAUGCACUCUCACGAAGACCUGAUCUUUGCGCUAUGACACAUCAUGCCUUCGCAUUCGACGAGGAGCUUCAGCGACACUUCAUCCGGGCAUAUGAGUCUGAUCCGGAUUUCGCCACGCUGUAUGCACAACUAUCUUCGGAUCACCCGCCGGUCGGCCACUAUCGCAUUGCCGAUGGGUACUUGCUCCUCCACUCGAGAGGCAAGGACUUAUUGUGUGCCCCACGAGACCGUCGUCUUCGGACUCGCCUUCUCGAGGAGUACCAUGACUCGCGACUCGCCGGCCAUUUCGGAGUCAACCGCACUAUUGCACGACUUCGACAGCGAUUCCGAUGGCCCGACCUCAUUACCGAUGUCACUCGGUAUUGCGACUCCUGCGAAGUUUGCCGACGCAGCAAACCCCGCAACUGCAAUCCCUAUGGCGAGUUACGCCCGAUGCCUAUCCCACGGGAACCCGGUCUCUCCAUUGCCAUGGACGUCACCAGUUCGUUCCCUCGCGACCGGCUCGGGCACGACGGCAUCCUCACGGUUGUGGACCGAUUGAGUAAGUACGCACGUUUUCUUCCUUGCAAGUACUACUUCACGGCUCCCGAGUUGGCACGCCUCCUGCACACCUGUUGGAUUUGUGGCCACGGCGUACCAGAAGACGUAGUCAGCGACCGCGACACUCGCUUCAUGUCGGCAUUUUGGACUGCUCUCAUGAAGGAGUCCGACACGAAGAUGAAACCAAGUUCGGCUCGGCAUCCACAGACGGACGGGCAAACGGAGCGGGCACAUCAAACCGCUCAAAUGAUGCUUCGUACGCUAAUCCGGUUGGACCAGAAAGAUUGGGUUGACCGCCUCCCCGACAUCGAGUUCGCCUACAAAACUUCGGUGCACCCGGCGAUCGGCGUGACUCCAUUCGAGUUGCACCACGGUAGACGGAAAGACCGUAUCUUCGCCGACCUUCUCCUCCCUCGACCAGCCGACAUUGACGCUGCUUGCUCUCCCUCUUCCGUCCGGAAGUACAGGGAAUUGCUGACUCAAGCCCGCACGAACAUGCAAAAGGCUCAAGUUCGCAUGCAGCAGCAAGCCAAUAGGCGUCGCGUGCCAUGUCCCAUCCACGCCGGUGAUCUAUUUUGGGUCUCCGCGGAAGAGUUUGCACUGGAACAGGAUGUUUCACGCGAACUGCUUCCUAAGUGGUUUGGACCAUGGUCUGUGACAUCAGCCGCGGGCGAUGAGCCCGAUGGCCCUUCAUUUGUGAUCAACAUUCCCGAGCAUCUGACGGUCCAUCCAGUCUUCCACGCGUCAAAGCUGGCAACACAUACACCAGCUAAGAGCGAUGACUUCCCGGGCCGACGAUCGCAGGACCCUCCAUCUAUGGCUGGUCAUCAGGAGGUUGACCGCGUCAUUUCGGAUCGCAAGUACGGCAGCAAGCCGCGACAGUACAAAGUUACAUUCCGAGCAUGCGAUCCCGACGACACUCAGUGGAUUUCUGGAGCAGAUUUGAAAGCAUCCGCACCACUGAUCUACGCUCACUAUGAGCCACAAAGGUUAGCCAGGGGACCUCCACGACCUGCCCCCUCCUACCCGGACUGUGGUCCCUCCCUCAGACAGACAGCCUCGCCCUCGCAGUCCAAUCGCGAUGCCCACUGCAGACGAAGUGUCCGUGCAACAGGGGAGAGUAGGUCCCAGGAUGAAGAAGAAGAACCACAACACGGUGGAGAUGAAGAUGCUGCCCUUGAAGGAGACUUGCGAAGCAGCGGCUUCGCUGGCAGCUAUCCGACCCCCAACACGGCACAGCAGGGAGGUAAGCACUCAGCAGCGCCUUGGGUCUGUCCCUCCAGCAGUGCCCUUGAUGAAGCUGAUCGGCCCAGCUAUGGCCGUCGUCCACCACCAAAACCACAAAGAUGAAGCCCUUCACUUUCCAGUGCAGCAGGUUUUCCCCGACCUUCCUUCCAGCAAUGUGAAAAGAAAAAAAAAAAACUAAGAAAGAACCCGUUCCGACCGUUCCCCUUUCCCCUCAACAAUUUUGUACACUUAGGUUUGCACCGACUGUAAUUACCCUACAGCCUGGGACCGACAGCAUACAGCCUAGGACCGCAUGUAGAGUUAAAACUAAGAAGAAGGGGAAGACAACAACAGGCCUAGGACAAAAGAGCAAGGCCUUGUGGUCUAAGACUAGCUAAGAGAGGAGCCCCAGCAAGUGACAGGUCUCAGGAUCAAGACCCGGUAGACUCAGAACUAACAAAAAGUUAAAACACACUUGAACAAAUAUGCCACAAGGAG